GUAGCGGCGGCUGCGGCUGCCCAAGCCUGGGUUCCAGAUGGCUACUAUGUGCCGCCGUAUUAUCCUGCGCCGUACGGUGGAUGGGUGGAGGAUUGGCAAGAGAGUUAUACCAAGGCCAAGGCUCUGGUCGAUUCCAUGACUCUGGCAGAAAAGACCAAUAUCACUGCAGGAACUGGCAUCUAUAUGGGUGAGCGAUGUGCCGGAAACACAGGCUCUGCGUUUCGAGUUUCCUUUCCCCAGCUGUGUCUCAACGACAGCCCGGCGGGUGUCCGACAUGCGGACAAUGUAACAGCUUUUCCUGACGGAAUCACCGUCGGCGCAACGUUCGACAAGGCCCUCAUGUACAAGCGCGGCGUGGCCAUUGGAAAGGAGAACCGCGGAAAGGGCGUCAAUGUCUGGCUGGGACCAACUGUUGGGCCGAUAGGCCGCAAGCCAAAGGGCGGCCGCAACUGGGAAGGCUUCGGUGCUGAUCCUGUGCUCCAGGCCGUCGGUGCUCGAGAGACGAUCAAGGGCGUUCAAGAGCAGGGGGUCAUUGCGACUAUCAAACACUUUAUCGGCAACGAGCAGGAGAUGUACCGCAUGUACAAUCCCUUUCAAUACGCAUACAGCUCAAAUAUUGACGAUAGGACGCUGCAUGAAGUAUAUGCCUGGCCAUUCGCCGAGGGCAUCCGAGCGGGUGUUGGCGCCGUCAUGAUGGCUUACAAUGCUGUGAACGGGACUGCGUGCUCUCAACACCCAUAUCUUAUGAGUGCCCUUCUCAAGGAUGAGAUGGGCUUUCAAGGCUUCAUCAUGACCGACUGGCUCGCUCACAUGUCUGGCGUCGCUUCUGCCAUUGCCGGCCUGGAUAUGGACAUGCCUGGCGACGUUCAGAUUCCCUUCUUCGGCGGCUCAUACUGGAUGUAUGAGCUCACUCGGUCUGCUCUUAAUGGUUCGGUUCCCAUGGAUCGCAUCAACGACGCGGCUACACGCAUAGCCGCUGCGUGGUACAAGAUGGGCCAGGACAAGGGAUUCCCCGCGACGAAUUUCGACACCAACUCUCGUGCUGCCUUCAACCCGCUGUAUCCUGCCGCGCUGCCACUUUCGCCAUUUGGCAUCACAAACGAGUUUGUACCGGUCCAAGACGAUCACGACGUAAUUGCUCGCCAAAUUUCUCAGGAAGCAAUCACCCUGUUGAAGAACGACGGCGACAUCCUCCCUCUAUCGCCUUCGCAGCACCUCAAGGUUUUCGGCACCGAUGCUCAGAAAAACCCAGACGGCAUCAAUUCAUGCACAGAUCGCAAUUGCAACAAGGGAACUCUGGGCCAAGGAUGGGGCUCGGGAACUGUCGAUUACCCCUAUUUGGACGAUCCCAUCUCAGCUAUCACUGCAGAGGCCGACAAUGUCACGUUUUACAACACGGACAAGUUCCCUUCUGUCGGCGAAGUAUCAGAUAGCGACGUCGCCAUCGUCUUUGUCAACUCGGAUGCUGGCGAAAACACCUACACCGUGGAAGGCAACCACGGCGACCGUGACAAAUCCGGCUUGUACGCAUGGCACGACGGCGAUAAGCUUGUGCAGGACGCCGCGAGCAAGUUCAGCAACGUCAUUGUCGUGAUACACACUGUUGGCCCCCUGAUCCUCGAGAAGUGGAUCGAUCUGCCAUCCGUCAAGGCGGUGCUCGUCGCACAUCUGCCCGGCCAGGAAGCCGGCAAGUCUCUUACAAACGUCCUCUUUGGACACGCCUCGCCGUGCGGACACUUGCCUUAUUCCAUCACGAAAGAGGAGGACGACCUUCCCAAAAGCGUCACUACGCUCAUUGACUCGGAGUUCCUCAACCAGCCCCAAGACACAUACACAGAGGGUCUGUACAUUGACUACCGCUGGCUCAACAAGAACAAGACCAAGCCUCGCUACGCCUUUGGCCACGGUCUGAGCUACACAAACUUCACCUUCAAGGCAGCAUCCAUCAAACAGGUCGCCAGGCUGAGCGCAUACCCGCCGGCUCGCCCAGCCAAGGGCAGCACCCCCGAUUUUGCGCAAUCCAUUCCAUCCGCAAGCGAAGCCGUUGCGCCGUCAGGCUUCGGCAAGAUCCCCCGCUACAUCUACUCUUGGCUGUCGCAGGGCGAUGCCAACCGGGCCAUUUCAGACGGCAAGACGGGCAAGUAUCCGUAUCCCGACGGCUACUCUACCACCCAGAAGCCCGGCGCUCGCGCUGGCGGCGGCGAGGGAGGCAACCCCGCGCUCUGGGACGUUGCGUACAGCCUCACGGUGACGGUGCAGAAUACGGGCGAUGAGUAUGCUGGCAAGGCCUCCGUGCAGGCAUAUCUCCAAUUCCCGGACGAUAUCGACUACGAUACGCCAAUCAUUCAGCUCCGUGACUUUGAAAAGACAAAGGAGCUAAAGCCGGGGGAGACGACGACUGUGACGCUGACUCUUACACGCAAGGACGUCAGUGUGUGGGACGUGGUGGCGCAGGAUUGGAAGGUUCCUGCGGUUGACGGAGGGUAUAAGGUGUGGAUUGGGGAUGCCAGUGAUUCGUUAAGUAUUGUAUGUCAUACGGAUACGUUGGAGUGUGAGACUGGUGUUGUUGGGCCUGUGUAGGUAGGUAUAUGUCUGAUUAGCAUGCUAGAGCCAGUCGUUUGUGGCAUAUGAACGACCUUUUUCUG